CUGGCGGCGUUCCGAGGGUACCAGUAGCAAGCACAGAACGUGCUUUUUGCUCGACUCGGAGCUGUCUCACACUGAAUAUCCUUGUCCCCGAGUUACUGAAUUCAAUCAGAUUCCGCUCAGCCGUUUGAAAUCGGUGGCGUACUGCAAUCGCGCAACCUUGGUUGCUUCAGUCGUGCGCAAUCCGAGCUCAGGUAGGGUGAACAUCCCGAAAGGUUGCUCACAUUUAUGCGGAAUGGCUGGACUUGUAAGGCUUUGGCUAGUGAUUAUUUGCUGUCGCUCGUGUAGGGACUAUUCUCUUGUUUUGGCUUUUCAUUUGUGUUUUGCCCACGACGAUGUUUGCUAUUAGAAGGGUGGCUUCGGGGCGUGUAACGAGGCUGUCAGCCAAGUCGAGUCCAUAUCAUACUGCGGUCACACUCUACGACGCACAGGACACCCCGGGGCCAUCCACGUGGCGUCGUCAGACUUGCCGUGCCAAACGGGAAAAUGUAGAGCUCAAUGACCAAGAAGGUUCAGAUGAUGCGCUCCCAGCAGCAGCCAAAAAGAAGGCGAAGGUCGUGAAGACAGCAACAUCAGUAGCAACGACAGAGACGAAGUCCAGGUCACCCAAGAAACCAAAAGUGAUAUGCCAGGGUUUAGACAUACCUCAUCUGGCCCUGGAGUGAUGGAAAGAGGCAUAGGAUGCAAUCAAGGAAAUGUGCUCAAGGAUAACUACUCCAGUGGAUAUGAUGGGUUGUGACCAGGCACAAUCAUCAGUAAAUCACUUUUGCUGGCCAGAGCUGUCCAGAGCUGUCCAGCACUGGACAGAUUCCCUAGGACUACCAGCUCACAAAGUGGUCUACUGAUGAUGGAAAGAACAAGACCCAAAGAACAGGUGCUUCACUA